UUGACACCAGGUAUGCUUCAGUGUAUUCCAAUCCUAUCUCUUCUUUCCCCGAAACCUGGCCUAUUUAAGCUCCUACAGUCCCCGGCAUAGGCUACGUACCUAGCCAUUUGAUCGCUACCACCGCUGUCCGCUGCUUCCAUUACACUACUGUAAAAGCUCGUAAGAGAAGAAAUAUGGCUCGCGCAGCAGCUGCUAACAUCGUGGUGGUCGCUGUGGUUGCGGCGAUGCUCCUCGCGGCGGCGCACACCGCCGACGCCGCCAUCAGCUGCGGCCAGGUGAACUCUGCCUUGGGACCCUGCCUCACCUACGCGCGUGGCGGCGCUGGCCCGUCCGCAGUCUGCUGCAGCGGCGUCAAGAGACUCGCCGCUGCCACCCAGACCACUGUUGACAGGCGCGCCGCGUGCAACUGCCUCAAGAUGGCCAUCGGCCGCAUGAGCGGGUUCAAGGCUGGCAACAUCGCCAGCAUCCCGUCCAAGUGCGGCGUCAGCGUCCCAUACGCCGUCGGCGCCUCUGUCGACUGCUCCAGGGUCAGCUGAUCUGGAGAAUGCAGAUCACCCGUGGCCGGCGUUUAGCUCGAUCGGUCGACGCCGAUGAGUUAAGGUUACACCUCUAUAAAAUAUACGUGUCUAUACCGAAUAAAUGCUUGGGUCUCCAUGCAUGAUGGGUUGUACGAACGUGUGGUGUCAGGCCCUGCGCGGGGUGUGCAUGCAUGUACGUCGAGCCAGCUCUCGACGGCCACGACUGAAUCGAUGUUUACUCUUUA